UGGCUGUGCCCGCAAGUUUUCUAUGCGCAGGUUUUUUUAGUUUUCUGUGAAAGACCGGUGAAAUUGGUACCACUUCCAAACAAUUCCUGGCAAACAACGAGAGAAGCCGUUGUCGGUCAGUUCGUCUGCUCACAACAACUCCUUUUUUGCAAUUUCCACAUUAGAAUCGGUGGUUGAAGUAGUAGCAAUGGAGACUAGAAGUGGAAAUGCCAGGCGUCCACCUCAGGAGCCAAAAGCUGAUGGCAAGGAUCAAGAUAUUGACAAUCCCUUUGAACUACGUGGGGAUGGAUCAAUAGCAUUACGUCCUUUAAAAUUCUUCUCAGGAAAAAAUUCAGAAGGAAAGAAGUCCACCAAUAAAAACAAAUCAGCAAAUAAAGAAAAUAGAGUUGAAAAGGGUAGUGCCUCAAAAAAGAAGACUGAAACUAAAUCUAAAGAAUGUCCACCCGUGAAAAGAGGCAGGAUUGAUUCAAAUGUCUGUAGAAAUUUAUUUAACAAUCCAGAAGUGGGAGCCACUAAAAUACCUCAAGUUGAGGAGAAGAAAGAACUUCUAAAAAGGCCAGGGCAGUUGGUGCCAUCAAUGGUGAAAGCAAGUACUUCAUCUCAACCGGCAGUUCAUCCUUUAUUCCAAUACGUUCCAGCUAAACCAGGUACCCCCUUGGUAGAUAGAUUCAAUGUAAGAAAGGAUCGUGACUCUGUAAGCUCGACCAGGUCAUCAGUAACUGAUAACGAAUUCUUAAAAUGGGAGGCCCAUUUCAAGAGUCCCGCACCGAAACCCAAAGAACCAGCUGCUGAAACAGCUGGAAAAACGUACGAGGAGCGUUUAGAAGAGAUUAUCUCGAUCAUUGAGACUGACGAGCAAGAGUUUGCCAAGUAUCAGGAGACACACAAACAACACAUGACCAUGAUCGUCGAUAUAAUAAACAUUUUAAAGAAGAGCGCAUCCGAGAAUGUGAAGGCGCCGAAAGAAGACGCUGGUGUUCCAGACAACGUGUUCGAACCUGUAACUGCGGAUAAACCCGACUUGCGCAAGUCAUUAUUCGUAAAAUUGAUGAAUUCUAAAUUUGAGGAACCACAUACUGAACCGCCACGUUUAAAGGUUCCUGAAGAGCCUAAAACAGUUGACAAAGGAGAAAAGCAACUGGUACAUGUUGAUGAAUCCGGUGCUUUCACCGUUACUGUCAACGAAUUGAUGUUUUUUCAAAAUAUCGCUUCAAAAUUGCUGACACAAGCACAAGAUGCUGAGUAAAGUAGUCCAUUACUCUCUUGCGUACGACUGUUCUUAAUGUUAAUUAAUUUUAAUUUAGAGUUACAUGUUUAUUUUUUUACGUUCAUAUUUUGUUUUUUAUGUUUUUGAUCCAAAGAUUUUUUUAUGUUUUUUGUUUAUAUAAAAAUAAAUUGAAUAAUUUAUACAA